UUACAUUCCGUGACAUAUGUCAGUCAGUACGAACCACGAUUCUUCCGACAGGCUGGUUCACUUGUUUCAGCACAAACAAUUUGUAAUAUAAAUUAAAUCGUGUUGUGCAUCGUCGUCGUACGUUUCGUGUCGAGCAGUUCAAUUUAAGAUUUUUGAAUAUACGCAUCUCCUUACAUUUCGAAAAUAAUUGAAAAACCGAAAAUCAUCCAUAAAAAUGUUGUCAAACGUGCGUAUGCUGACUCGUCGCGCUUUUUCCACAUCGAAUAAAUUGGCUGCACAACAACUCACCGUUCGAGAUGCAUUGAAUCAGGCAAUGGACGAAGAAAUGGAAAAAGAUGAACGUGUGUUUAUCUUAGGUGAAGAAGUUGCCCAAUACGAUGGUGCAUACAAGGUUUCCAGAGGUUUGUGGAAAAAAUAUGGUGAUAAGCGUGUUAUUGAUACCCCAAUCACUGAAAUGGGUUUUGCUGGUAUUGCUGUUGGUGCUGCAAUGGCCGGCCUUCGACCAAUUUGUGAAUUCAUGACAUUCAACUUUUCAAUGCAGGCCAUCGAUCAGGUGAUUAACUCGGCAGCAAAAACAUUUUACAUGUCAGCUGGUACUGUCAAUGUGCCGAUUGUUUUCCGUGGUCCAAACGGUGCUGCAGCUGGUGUUGGUGCCCAACAUUCACAAUGCUUUGCCGCCUGGUAUGCUCAUUGCCCUGGAUUAAAAGUCAUUUCACCAUAUGACAGUGAAGAUGCCAAAGGUUUACUGAAAGCCGCCAUUCGUGAUCCCGAUCCAGUUGUGUUUUUGGAAAAUGAAAUGCUUUAUGGUGUCUCAUAUCCGGUGACGGAUCAAGUAUUGGACAAAGAAUUUGUAUUACCAAUUGGCAAAGCAAAAAUUCAACGGCCCGGUAAACAUGUUACAAUUGUUGCUCAUUCAAGACCGGUCGAAGCAGCACUUCAAGCAGCCAACGAAUUGGCUGGCAAAGGAAUCGAAGCUGAAGUCAUUAAUUUGCGUUCAGUGCGACCACUUGAUGUGGAUACGAUUUUCCAAUCUGUUCAAAAAACAAAUCAUCUUGUCACGGUUGAAGGCGGUUGGCCACAAAGCGGUAUUGGAUCUGAAAUUUGCGCUAGAAUAAUGGAACACGAAUCAUUUUUCCACCUCGAUUCUCCAGUCGUCCGUGUAACUGGUGCUGACGUCCCAAUGCCAUAUGCUCAGUCAUUAGAAGCCGCUGCUUUGCCUCAAGCUAAAGAUGUAGUGGCAGCCGUUAAGAAAGUUUUGAAUGUUAAAUAGAUACGCGAACGACGCAAAUUUUUAAAAUUAAAGGCAUGUCUGACGAAAUUUUUAAUUGAUAUUGUCACAUCUAAGUCUCUAUUUGUUGAGGCGUAUGUAAAUAUUCAUCGAAAUUUUGGACGAAUAAAAUUCGUCCGAAAUUAACAAUGCGGAAAACAUUACAAAAAAAAACAACGAUAGCCAAAUGUA